AAUUUGACACCGUUGAAUAAUGUUGAUAUUGUAGACGUUAAAUUCACAGUCGCAGUUGCAGUUGCUUGAAAUCAAUGUGAAAAUUUAUUACAAGUGUAAAAAUUAUUUUAACAAAAUUCCCGUCAUGUACAAAGUAAGAAUGGUGUUAUUUCUGUUCGCAUUGGUUUCGUGUCUCUUUGUAAUAGAUUGUGUUCUUGGUAAUGUCUCCCUUAGACUGAUUCAGAGCUUUUCUGAAAAUCUUCAAACAUUGCCUGAAUCAGUGAAAGAAGAAACGAAGGUAUUAUUACUGGAAGGAGCUAGAUUAAUGAAUCUUCCUCUUUUAUGUUCUGAAGUUCUAUUUUUAGCUGUUAUGACAGUGGUACUUAACAACUGGAGUUCUCCAAAUAAAAACGAUCGCAUAGAUAGAUUACUCCAGGAGAGCCGGCGUGGGUUGCAGUCUACUAACACAUAUCUGGAGAAGUGGCGACAGAAACGAGUACAAGCUGAAGAGAAUAAGAAUAAGGAACCUGAUUACGUGAAACCAUUAAAACUGGAAGUUCCAAUACUUCACAUGGCUAUUAUAGAUAAUCGAGCAACCAACAGGUUUGACGCUAGAGCUCAACACGAAAGGGGAGACGCGGGAGACUCCAUCAACAUCACUGAUACAACCUUAUUGUCAGUCGCCUCAGUGAACAACGAUGAUUUCGAGUCAAUCAUGAAGUUAGCGCGUGAUGACGUCACCACCGAAGAUAUUAGAAGCAUCGAAACAAACAAUCGCUAUCUAUGGAAAGUUCUGGAAGAAGAUGAUGAUGACAUUUAAAAGAGGACAUCACUGUAAUCAUGUUUUGCAAACUGAUAGGUGUAAAAUUCUGGGGUAAAAAUUUUUUGAAUUACUUCGUGUAAAAAACGAUCCAUCAAUUCAUAAAAUAAAACAUUGAUCCAAAAGCUA